AUGUCCAUCUCAGUGGCCGUCGUGUUGCUGAGCGGCUCGCGUGUGUCCAUCGAGUUGGACCCUGACUCGCGGCUUGAAGCGCUUCGGACAAAGGCAGAGGCAGCGUUAGGGACUCACCUUGGCAAGCUGAUCACGGAAGCAGGAGCCUUGCUUAAGAACCAGGGAACGCUCAGGCAAGCAGGAAUCCGAGAUGGCGACACGAUCACGGCUGUUGCUGGGCACGUGGCAGUGGCAGCAUCGACAUCCGCAUUCGCCCUCAUUCGGACAGAUGGCUCGGUGGUGACUUGGGGAGACCCGCUCAGUGGAGGUAACAGCAAAGACGUGCAGAAUCAGCUGCAGAAUGUGCGUCAUAUUCAAGCAAACACCGGGGCCUUCGCCGCGCUUCGUGAAGAUGGCUCUGUGGUGACAUGGGGUGACGAAGAUCGGGGAGGCUGCAGCCAGCGUGUCCAGCGCCAGCUCCAAGACGUGCGUCAGAUCCAGGCUAGCAGUGAAGCUUUUGCAGCCAUCAAGGCGGAUGGCUCGGUGGUAGCCUGGGGUCAUGUUGACACCGGCGGCACCUGCAGAGAGGUUCAGGAGCAACUCAAAGAUGUUGUUUCGAUCGUCGCGUCGGAUGGCGCGUUCGCUGCCCUCCGUGCCGACGGCGUAGUGGUAACAUGGGGUAGCGUCAAUCUCGGCGGUGACAGCAGUGCAGUUCGCAGCCACCUGAGCCAUGUCCUGUGGCUUCAUGGCGGCCCCGUGGGCUUCGCCGCCGUGAAAGCAGGCGGGCGCGUGGUCUACUGGGGAUCGGACUUCGAUCCAGAUGAACGCAUCCAUGGAGUGUAUGAGACGGGGUUCCAAGACAUUCAGCAAAUCGAGUGGUUUGCAAACUCUUGGGUUGCGGUUGGCUCAGAUGGGCGCAUGUCAAUCUGGGGCAAGUAUAACAUCAGCCAAUGUCAAGGAGUUGUGGGCGUCAAGUGCCUGAUGGAUGACCCCUUGCGACUUGAGGACUGCGAUGAUAUUGGCAGUGCUGCGGUUGCUCUUCUCAGUGACGGCACCGCCGUGGCUUACGGGCACCCCAGCCAAAGCAGUGUUGGGGUGCAAGAACAACUCCGGCAGGUUGUGCAGAUUCAGGCUACUGGCGACGCAUUUGCAGCGAUUCGGUCAGACGGAUCCGUUGUGACAUGGGGACUACAAGGAGUUGGCGGUUGCAGCCGGGCCGUUCAGAUGCGGCUGCAGCGUGUCCGCGACAUACAAGCAUCCCUUUUUGCUUUCGCUGCGCUUCGUGAUGAUGGGCAGGUGGUGACUUGGGGCGAUAAAGCCCUCGGAGGCGACAGCCGCAGUGUGCAGCGACAACUCAGGAAUGUCAAAUGCAUUCAAGCCACGGAGGGCGCUUUUGCCGCCAUCCGUGGUGAUGGAUCCGUGGUGACAUGGGGCAGCUCGGUGGAUGGUGGAAACAGCAGGAAAGUGCGAAGGCAGCUCGGCAGAACGCAAGAGGACGACCAGAUGGAGGCUGAGGCCAAGGCUGAGGCCAAAGCUGAGGCUAAGGCAAAGGCGAAAGCCAGGGCCAAGGCCAAAGCCAAAGCAAAAGCCAAGGCCAAAGCCAAGGCCAAAGCCAAACCCAAGGCCAAGCCCAAGGCCAAGCCCAAAGCCAAGGUCAGGGCCAAGGCCAAGGCCAAGCCCAAGCCCACGCCCAAAGCCAGGCCAGGGCCAGUGCCCCUCAAGAGACCUGCGAAGCGGUAA